CGUAUAAUUCAGGGUUUGAAGAUGAAACCCUUCCAUCUGUAAUCUUGUUGGUGUGUCAUCUCCUAAAGCUGCCUCUCACCUAAACAAACCCCAUUCAUCCCUAUCAAUAUUAUCAACAAAUCCGCCAUUGCCAUGGCCCACGAUACCUCUCUCUUGGAUUCUUUUCUUGCUACCUCUACAAUUACCCUUUCUGCGCAUAUGCUUUUUCCAUACCCUCUUCAGCUUCUUGUUCCUCGACUCUGGUGUUUGAUAUAAAUGGGUGCUUGCGGGUGGUUCAAGAGAUUAAUCGGCAUGAAAAGAAAGAAAGAAACCAGACCCAAGAAAACAGAGUCAGAACAGGAUACGAAAAUCACAAAUAGCUUAAAGAACCGGGAUUCUUUUCGGGUUAUUGGUCGAAGCACAGGAACAAAAGAAUUUGCUGCAACUCGAAUCCAAACAGCUUAUCGGGCACAUCGGGCAAGAAAAGCUUUACGUUGCUUAAAAGGAACAUCAAGAUUCCGUUCAUUGGUUGAGCCUAUUGCUCUAACAAAGCAAUCUUUUUCUGCUCUUGACAAAAUUCAUUUUUGGAGCAAAAUACAAUCAGAAAUUAGAACCCGACGUCAUUGGAUGGUGGCAGAAGGAAGAAUAAAGCAAAAAAAGCUUGAAAAUCAAGUCAAAAUUGAUUCAAGGCUUCAUGAACUUGAGGUCGAGUGGUGUGGUGGGCCCGAGACAAUGGAUGAGAUUGUAUCUAGGAUACAACAACGUGAAGAAGCUACUAAUAAACGGGAACGUGCUAUGGCCUAUGCUUUCUAUCACCAAUGGAGGGCGAAUUCGAAUCGAUAUUUUGGUCAAGCUUACUUUGACUUAAGCAAGGAGAGUUGGGGGUGGAGCUGGAAGGAGCGGUGGAUUGCGGUGUGCCCAUGGGAGGCUCGGGUGGUUGCACGGGCUAAGCAACAAAACAAGCCGUCGGGUAAAACAAUGAGACAUGGUGCACCCAAGAUAAUUGUUUCGGUUAAACCACAAAUGUGUAAUGGAAAAGGUACAAUCAAAACAGCACAUGGUACUACUACUACUUGAAAUGUUGAGGAUACGUAUUUUCUUUCAUGAGUGAGAGCAAGAGUAUAUUUGUUUUUUAAAAUUUUUAUUUUGUGUGAUUAUUAAUGUAUAGUUUUUUUUUAUUUAAUUAAGUUGAUUUUGAAAAUAUGUUCCCUGAUAUAAAAAAUUAAUUGAAAUAACAAUUUUUUUGCGCUAA